AUGAAUAAACUGCCUAAAGGAAGUUCGCCUGGAAUCGUCGCCACUCGCCGCACUGGAAGAGGCGCCUCAGCCUGCUGGUUCCGGGUAUGGGGUCAGUUUCUUCAGAAAGUUACUGGUUUGGCCGGAAAACAUGAUUGCAGGUUUCGAUCAAAAACUACAAUUGAUAAAAGCGUUGAAUUGUUGAUUGAUACUGAAAGAGAACAUUGGAGACAUGUAUUAACAAGGAUAAUCGCUAUUGUUAAAAGACUUGCGAAAAGCACAUUGCCAUUUCGAAGAGAUGAUGAGAGACUACACGUUGAGAACAAUGACUUAUUUUUACUAAUGAUCGAAAUGGUUAGUGAAUUUGAUCCAGUAAUGCAAGAGCACCUUCGGCGGGCUAAAGCAAGAGAGAUUCAAUAUACGUAUCUUGGCAAAAAAAUUCAAAAUCAGUUGAUACAGUUGUUGGCUAAUCAGGUGAGAAGUUCAAUUGUCAAGAAAGUUAAAGAUGCAAAAUAUUUCACAGUUAUACUUGAUUGUAUUCCAUAUGCAAUUCAGGAGGAGCAAAUGUCUUUAAUUGUACGAUUUGUAGAUAAUUCGACAAACUUACCUACAGUUCAAGAACAUCUGCUAGAAUUUUUGAAGGUAGAUGACACAACAGGACUUGGACUUGCAAUCGAGCUUCAAAAGGCUUUGAUAAAAAUUGAUCUCGAUAUUGAUGACAUUAGAGAGCAAGAGUAUGACAACGGAUCUAACAUGAGCGGGAAGCAUAGGUGUGCAAAGAAGAGUCCAUGA